AUGUCUCCUGAAUACGUUGUGAACCAAGUCCUCACCUCCUACCUGUGGGUCCGUCAGGCCUGGCUGGACGCCCACCUCGCGUGGGACAAGGACGCUUACGGCGGCAUCGACAGCAUCCGCAUCCCCAGCAGCUACGUCUGGCGGCCGGACAUCAUCAUCCUCUACAACGACGCCGACGACGGCUUUGGCGGCUCGGUGGAGACCAACGUGGUGCUGCGCUCCGACGGGCACAUCACGUGGGACUCGCCCGCCAUCACCAAGAGCUCCUGCAAGGUGGAUGUCUCCUACUUGCCCUUCGACGGGCAGCGGUGCCGCCUCACCUUCGGCUCCUGGACCUACAACGGGAACCAGAUCGACCUCCACAACCGGCUGGACACCGGGGACCUGACGGACUUCGUGGAGAACGUGGAGUGGGAGGCGCUGGGCAUGCCGGCUAAAAAGAACGUCAUCACAUACGGCUGCUGCUCCGAGCCCUACCCUGACGUCACCUACACGCUGCUCCUCCGCCGCCGCGCCUCCUUCUACAUCUUCAGCCUGCUCCUGCCCUGCAUCAUGGUCUCCUUCCUGGCACCCCUUGGCUUCUACCUGCCGGCCGACUCCGGGGAGAAGGUCUCACUGGGGGUGACAGUGCUGCUGGCCCUCACCGUCUUCCAGCUGCUGGUGGUGGAGAGCACGCAGCCCUCGGAGAGCGUCCCGUUCAUCGGGAAGUACUACAUCGCCACCAUGACCAUGAUCACGGCCUCCACCGCGCUGACCAUCUUCAUCAUGAACGUCCACCACUGCGGCCCGGGGCCCCGGCCCGUGCCCCCCUGGGCCAGGUGGCUCAUCCUCCACCACAUGGCCCGGCUCUGCUGUGUCUACGAGGUGGGCGAGAGCUGCAAGAGCCCCCGGCGGGUGCUGGGCAGGCAGGCGUGCAGGGAGGACACUGGGGGGCUGGGGGAGAGCCCCAUGGAGGGGGAGGUGGGUGCCGAGGCAGGGGGCUGUCCCCGGGACCACUGCCUGUGCCACCACGAUGGCCUGCUGAGGAACAUGGGCUACGUCGCCAGCUGCUGCCGGCAUCACCAAGCCUCCCAGCGCUGGACCGGCGAGUGGAAGAAGGUGGCCAAGGUGAUGGACCGCUUCUUCAUGUGGGUCUUCUUCCUCAUGGUCUUCCUCAUGAGUGUGCUGAUAACACCGGCCACGAGGAACGUCAUCACCUACGGCUGCUGCUCCGAGCCCUACCCUGACAUCACCUACACGCUGCUCCUCCGCCGCCGCGCCUCCUUCUACAUCUUCAGCCUGCUCCUGCCCUGCAUCAUGGUCUCCUUCCUGGCACCCCUUGGCUUCUACCUGCCGGCCGACUCCGGGGAGAAGGUCUCACUGGGGGUGACAGUGCUGCUGGCCCUCACCGUCUUCCAGCUGCUGGUGGUGGAGAGCACGCAGCCCUCGGAGAGCGUCCCGUUCAUCGGGAAGUACUACAUCGCCACCAUGACCAUGAUCACGGCCUCCACCGCGCUGACCAUCUUCAUCAUGAACGUCCACCACUGCGGCCCGGGGGCCCGGCCCGUGCCCCCCUGGGCCAGGUGGCUCAUCCUCCACCACAUGGCCUGGCUCUGCUGUGUCUACGAGGUGGGCGAGAGCUGCAAGAGCCCCCGGCGGGUGCCAGGCAGGCAGGCGGGCAGGGAGGACACUGGGGGGCCGGGGGAGAGCCCCAUGGAGGGGGAGGUGGGUGCCGAGGCAGGGGGCUGUCCCCGGGACUGCUGCCUGUGCCACCACGAUGGCCUGCUGAGGAACGUGGGCUAUGUCGCCAGCUGCUGCCGGCAUCACCAACCCUCCCAGCGCCGGACCAGUGAGUGGAAGAAGGUGGCCAAGGUGAUGGACCGCUUCUUCAUGUGCGUCUUCUUCCUCAUGGCCUUCCUCAUGAGUGUGCUGGUCCUGGGCAAUGCUGCCUGA